AUGUUACAAAGAACUACUGACCAUUCAAAUGUAGGGGCACUUAAUGACUAUGGUGAAGAUGAUGAUGGCGUGGGACAAGGAAGUAGCAAGCCUCCACCUAAAAAACCAAGACAAAAGGGUCCUCUAGACAAGUUUUAUGCCAAUAAACCAGAAGACAAACUCAAAGGAAGAAAAUGUGGAAAACAGCAAACAAUUAACGAAGUAUGUCGAAAAGACCUUAGGGACAAGGCUUGUAAGGAGAUAGGUCGUUGGUUUUAUGAUGCAGGGCUACGUUUUAAUGCAGCCUCUUAUGAUAGCUUUCAUAUUGCAAUGGAAUCUGUUGCACAAUUUGGCCCGGGAUUCAUACCUCCAAGCAUAUAUGAGCUUAGAGUUCCUCUACCUAAAAAUGAAGUGGAAUCCACCCAAAAAGUGUUGAAAGAUUACAAGCAAGAAUGGGCAGUAAAAGAAAUCAAAAAAGAUGCAAACACAUUGUUUAAAAUGCUCGAUGAUAUGGUGGAAGAGAUAGGAGAGGAGAAUGUAGUGCAAGUGGUGACAUACAAUGCAUCUAACUAUGUUAAAACUGAGGCAACAAGACCACAUUUAUACCGGACUCCUUGUGCUGCUCACUGUAUCGAUCUGAUGUUGGAAGAUAUUGGAAAGAUCCCAAAGGUGUGGAAUACUUUGAAGGGAGCUAUGUUCUGCAAUGGUUAUAUUUAUAACCAUGUUGGCAUUGUCAACAUGAUGAGGAGAUUUACAAAUCAGAGAAACCUACAUAGGCCUGCAAUCACGAGAUUUGCAACAUCAUUCAUUACUCUCUCCCAAAUGCAUAAACAAAAAAAUAUUUUACGGAAGAUGAUCACGUCUCCAGAGUGGAACAAUAUCAAGUGGUCAAAAGUUGCUGCGGAGAAGAGACUAACAUCAACUUUUUUGCAAGAAAGGUUUUGGAGAAAUAUAGUCUAUGCUUUAAAGUUGACUGGACCUCUUGUUAAGGUUCUUAGAAUGGUAGAUGGAGACAAAAAGCCAGCCAUGCGAUACAUCUAUGAGUCCAUGGAUAGGGCUAAAGAGACUAUUGCUGCUAGUUUUUUUGCAUAA